UUGCCUCCUUCGCUUUCUCAGCCAAACUUGGCAUUUUGCACAACUGAACGUGGCUUCCACCCAUCGCUUCGCCAUCCCUCAAACUCCGCUUCGCCCUUCCUCUCCCUCGCAAACAACUUCCAACAAUGGCGUUUUCCUCGAUUCCUCACUCCUAUAAAUCCCCUCCCCCCUCUCCCCUCCCUCUUCAGGUCUGAAGCUGCAAGAGCAAAGGAGAAGCCAAAUCCCUCCCCAAAAUCCCAUCUUUCUCAUCUCCUCUCUUGCUUCAAGAUCCUAGCUCGCCGCCGCACCAGUCAAUGGAGAUGAGGAAGAUCGCCUGCGCCGCUCUCAUCGUCGCAGCCGCCACCACAACCGCUCUCGCAGCCGAAGCACCCGCCCCCGGCCCCGCCAGCGCCUCCUUCGCAGUCAGCCCCGCCAUCGGAGCCGCCAUCGGCGCCUCCUUCCUAUCCUUCUUCGCCUUCUACCUGCAGUGACCUCAACCUCCGGCUCUUGAUGAGAGAAUGACUGCGCUUAUUGUUCAUGGUUCCAUGUUAAUUCUUUCCUUCCGUGUUGUGUGCGUUGUUGGGAUCGAUUUGAUCGUGAGACGAAUGUGAAUCAUUUUUAA